AUCUGUAUGAGAGAGAGUGACUCUUUGGCCAGCUGGCUGGACGUGUGCAAGUAUGUGUCAUUGAAGAAGAGGAGGAGGAAAAUACCUUAACUGGGCCCUUCCAUUGCCCGGCGGUCUGUCUGUCUGUUUGUCUGUCUGUACCUCCUCACUGUCUCUUUGUCAGUGGCUGGCCAAGCUCCUCUCCCCUGUGUCCUGCUCUCUACCUGGCCUCCAUGAGUUUAACUGAGGACAAUUCAUUCCUCCAUGGAAGAUGGUAAAUGCUUCAGACACCUCUGCUGUGUUUGCCUCCAGCAUCUCCGAGGAGCAUGACAUCCUCAUGGGCUCGAUCUACAGCGUCUUUUGUGUACUGUCCCUCAUGGGCAACUGCAUUCUGCUGCUUGUUGCAUAUCACAAGCGGUCAACCCUAAAGCCGGCUGAGUUCUUCAUCAUCAAUCUUUCCAUCAGCGACCUUGGGAUGACGCUCUCUUUAUUCCCAUUGGCGAUACCAUCAUCUCUGACCCACAGGUGGCUGUUUGGAGAAAUCACCUGUCAGCUCUAUGCAAUGUGCGGAGUACUGUUUGGUCUAUGCAGCCUGACCAACCUCACAGCCCUGUCCUUAGUGUGCUGCCUUAAAGUCUGCUUCCCCUGCCAUGGUAACAAGUUCUCCUCGUCACACGCCCGCCUCCUGGUCGUUGGAGUGUGGUGUUACGCGUCCGUGUUUGCUGUAGGGCCCUUGGCACAGUGGGGACAUUACGGCCCUGAACCUUACGGCACAGCCUGCUGCAUUGACUGGCAUGCACCCAACCACGAGCUUUCAGCUAUGUCUUACAUUGUCUGCCUUUUCGUCUUUUGCUAUGCACUGCCCUGCACCAUCAUCUUCCUAUCCUACACUUUCAUUCUGCUGACCGUGCGCGGGUCACGCCAGGCCCUCCAGCAGCAUGUGUCACAACAGACCAAGACCAGCAGUGCACACGCUCUCAUUGUCAAGCUGUCAGUAGCAGUUUGUAUAGGCUUCCUGGGUGCCUGGAGUCCAUAUGCUGUUGUGGCCAUGUGGGCUGCUUUUGGAGACGCCACACGGGUUCCUGCUAAAGCAUUCGCCCUCGCCGCCGUGUUGGCCAAGUCUUCUACUAUCUACAACCCUAUGGUCUACCUGCUGUGUAAGCCAAACUUCCGCGAGUGUCUCUACAGAGACACGUCUAUGUUACGACAGAGGAUCUACAGGGGCAGUCCCCGGUCACAACCAAGAGAACAUUUUGGUUCGACCUCGCAGCGUAACGAGGACAGGAACAGCUCCAUACGUUUCUCAAAUGGACAGCAGGAGAGCUACGGGGCGUGUCUGCACUGCACUGAGACGGCAGCCCCCCGUUAUUUGACCGCACCCCAAAGGACUGCCUGCAUCCUGACAGGUUCCACCUACACAGAGGUGACAGUUAGCCAGCUCUCUACGAAACCACAGGCUGAUUUCUUCUAGUGGUACAACUUCCUUCUUUCAUGAAACAAACGAGACCGGACAGGUGCUCACAAAGACAGAGAGAAUACAGGACAUGGGCAACAAAACAACAAAGGCCACACACGAGUUACAGUAAGAGUGUGUUGGCAAGACUUGAUAGAAUAGUAUCAUCGCAGGCUUGCAGGGCAAUGGCAUCCCUCCUGAAAGUCAGCCCUUUCAUUGUGAAAUU